ACGCCACAGCUACUACUACUACAGCAGCAAUACCAAUAGUUAGCAGUAACUAUGUCUACUUAGCAAGCAACAUGACCACAGCUCCAUUAACGGCAAUACAGCAACAGCAACAGCAGCCUUUUUUAAAGCAAGCAACACGACAGCGCACCAGCAUCGGCACAUAGCGCACCAACGACCACGUUUGAUGAUACCCUUCAAGACUGUAUCGACAUGCUUUCUUCUGGCUGCAGCCGUGUUACCGCGCGUCCCGAAGAUAUGUACCCUGAUGCUUCGCCAAACAACAACAAGAGUCUCGUGGUUGCGCCCAGUCUCAGUGAGCCACUUAUGCCCUUCCUGGGAAUGCGCGCUAGUGGCCCUACUCUAAGUUCUGGUUCUAAUACUGGUAUCAGCAGCAGCAGUAGCAGUAGUAGAAGCAGUAACUCGUCGUCCUCAACAUUGCGCUUCAACGACAGUAAUAGCAUCAGACCAACUGAACGUAAACGCAUCAAAUCCAUGAGCGCCGUAUUUGAACAACAACAGUUACAGCAACAACAGCUGUGGAACAUUGAUACUUUUGCCCCAGCAGUCGACUGGCAGUUGGUGGAAGAAGACCCCGAAGCGUUACCGCGGUUACAAAAGCCUAGGUACAAACAAGACGAGUACAACCCGAAAUGGGUCCGUUUCUCUGGCCAUCUCAAGGAAGGAUAUUGUGAUACCUGUGGCCGAUGGCUGCAGCUCAAGAACAGCGCUUAUUGGUACCACAAGCAGUUUUACCAUGGUAUCUCGUCUGUUUCUGGAAAGCGCUUUUACGAGCCAUUGGAGCAACGACUAAGCAACGAAGGUGUGAUUGAAGGUCUUUGUCAUCAAUGUGGAUAUUUUGUACCCAUUUGCAAUGGCAAGCGACAAAAGAACAGCCUGCUAUGGUACAAGCAUGCACACAAGUGUCAUGUUUAUAAUAAGCCGGAAAAAUUCACCCCUGCGACGACAAUGACGACGCCGACGACAACAACAGCUGCCUCUUCCAACCGUUCUUUUCCAUUGUGAUCAAAUAACUUUGUAUCAUGUAUUACGAGCCUUCUUCUACUUCCAGUAUCCACGCGCACCUACCCACCUAUUUUUUGUUAAACAUCUACACCAACCCAAUUAUGUCUCUUUUUUGCUUUUUUGUAUUGUGAUUUCUUUAUGAUCU